GUGUGUGUACAAGUGAUGAGGACUUCACAGUUUAUUAGCUGAUGGCGUCAUAAUCUGCUCAGGGUCUGAAGCGUAUAAAAGGGCAGCUCAUCGGUGAACAGCAGCCCAGACCACUACGAUACAACUAACAAAGAUCCACAGAAGUGCAGACGUUUGAACAACAGAAGCAUGAAUUUGGAUGUAGCCAAACCUGAGGCAAAGACUGGCACCAAAGCUCCCCUCAGAGCGGUUGGUCCUGGCUCCCCACACAAGGGCCCACCUAGGUUCAAACAGAGAAACACCCGGCAGUUCAAGAGCAAGCCCCCCAAAAGAGGAGUCAUUGGCUUCGGAGAGGAGAUCCCUGGAAUGGAAGGCCUAGGCACUGACAUCACUGUGAUCUGCCCAUGGGAAGCGUACAGUCAUCUAGAGCUACAUGAACUAGCUCAAUAUGGAAUCAUCUGAGUAUAUUCACUGUGAAUUUAUUAUUAUUUUUGUUAUUUACCAAAGGGAGCCAAUGUGACAAGUUCAGCUACUGGAAUUUCAGUAACUAAUUUCACAGUCUAGAUCAUCAAUAGUGGCUUUUUUAAUUGCAACCCUCCUAAUCAAAAUGUAAUGUCUAAUUUCUGUCAUGUAUGCCUGCAUAUUGAGAAUGCUGUUCUUUGUCUGAGGCAUUAUUUUUUAUUUACAGUAAAAUUAUUUUCAUAAGAUUCUCAAGCUGCCAUUUUUGUGUCCGGAAGCCACUGAUGCUGGAUGAGUUACUGCCUGAGGCUGCAGUGGGAGCUGGAACUGAAAGCUUGGUUACUGGCCUGCAGGAGUUUCUGCACAGUUGCCAGCAUUGUAUUUAUUAUAUUUAAACUUGGAAUAAAGCUUGGGAUUUUUAAAGCA